GGCCGAGGCUGCCACGGAGAUCGUGGAGCGCGUGGCCCGCGAGCGCCUGGGCCACCACCUGCAGGGCCUGAAGGCUGCCUUCCUGGGCUGCCUGACCGACGUGCGCCAGGCGCUGGCCGCCCCUCGCCUGGCCGGGAAGGAGGGUCCUGGCCUGGCCGAGUUACUGGCCAACGUGGCCAGCUCCAUCCUGAGCCACAUCAAGGCCUCCCUGGCCGCAGUGCACCUCUUCACCGCCAAGGAGGUGUCCUUCUCCAACAAGCCCUACUUCCGGGGCGAGUUCUGCAGCCAGGGCGUCCGUGAGGGCCUCAUCGUGGGCUUCAUCCGCUCCAUGUGUCAGACGGCUCAGAGCUUCUGCGACAGCCCUGGGGAGAAGGGGGGGGCCACGCCCCCCGCCUUGCUCCUGCUGCUGUCCCGCCUCUGCCUGGACUACGAGACGGCCACCAUCUCCUACAUCCUCACCCUCACUGACGAACAGUUUCUGGUGCAGGACCAGUCUCCAGUGACACCCGUGAGCACACUAUGUGCAGAAGCCAGGGAGACCGCGCGGCGCCUGCUGACCCACUACGUGAAGGUGCAGGGCCUGGUCAUAUCCCAGAUGCUGCGCAAGAGCGUGGAGACACGCGACUGGCUCAGCACCCUGGAGCCCCGGAACGUGCGCGCCGUCAUGAAGCGGGUGGUGGAGGACACCACUGCCAUCGACGUGCAGGUGGGGCUCCUGUACGAAGAGGGCGUCCGCAAGGCCCAGAGCAGCGACUCCAGCAAGAGGACCUUCUCGGUGUACAGCAGCUCUAGGCAGCAGGGCCGCUACGCGCCCAGCUACACCCCCAGUGCCCCGAUGGACACCAACCUCUUGAGCAACAUCCAGAAGCUGUUCUCUGAGCGCAUCGACGUGUUCAGCCCCGUGGAGUUCAACAAGGUGUCGGUGCUGACUGGCAUCAUCAAGAUCAGCCUCAAGACGCUGCUGGAGUGCGUGCGGCUGCGCACCUUCGGGCGCUUCGGGCUGCAGCAGGUGCAGGUUGACUGCCACUUCCUGCAGCUCUACCUGUGGCGUUUUGUGGCCGACGAGGAGCUCGUGCACUUGCUGCUGGACGAAGUGGUGGCCUCGGCUGCCCUGCGCUGCCCGGACCCGGUGCCCAUGGAACCCAGCGUGGUCGAGGUCAUCUGCGAGCGCGGCUAGGCGCCGCCGCCGCCAUCCACGGGCCUGCCCCGGCGCCCCGCCCCCCCC